GGUGAUUCCCAGAUUACACACGUCCUGAGUUUGUAGCCAAUGAAAAACAGCCACGCUUGUUAUUUCGGGAUAACAACGUGUUGACAGAAAACCGGCAGCAGAGAGAGAGAGAGAGAGAGAAACUGAAAAAUAAGUAAACUUGACAAUGAAUUUACUCGUUUUGGUGGUCGCCAUAUCCUCAGCUUCUGCACUGUAUUCCAGUUCAGAUGAUGUCGUAGAAUUAACAGCUUCUAAUUUCAACAGAGAGGUCAUUCAGAGUGACGGACUUGUACUCGUAGAGUUUUAUGCACCAUGGUGUGGACACUGUCAGCAGCUUGCUCCAGAGUGGAAAAAGGCUGCCACUGCACUCAAGGGUGUGGUAAAAAUAGCUGCAGUGAAUGCUGAUGAACACCAGAGCCUGGGAGGACAGUAUCAAAUCCAGGGAUUCCCAACCAUCAAGGUGUUCGGGGCCAACAAAAACAGCCCCUCAGAUUACCAAGGUGGAAGAAAUGCUGACUCUAUUGUGGACACUGCCUUGUCUAAACUGAAAUCACUUGUUCAGGACAGACUGAAGGGCAGAGGUGGAUCCGGGGGCAGAAGCAGUGGUGGAGGAAAAUCCGGCGGGGGCAGUGCUGAUGAUGUGAUUGAGCUUACAGACAGUAAUUUUGAGAAGCUGGUAUUAGACAGUGACGACAUGUGGAUGGUGGAGUUUUUUGCCCCUUGGUGUGGACACUGUAAAAAUCUGGCCCCACACUGGCAGAGUGCUGCCUCAGAAAUGAAGGGCAAAGUCAAGUUUGGAGCCCUUGAUGCCACCGUACACAGUGUAAUGGCUAACAGAUAUGGGGUUAGAGGUUACCCCAGCAUUAAGAUGUUCCCCUCGGGAAAGAAGGACGGGGAGGCCAUGGAAUAUGAUGGGGGAAGGACGUCUUCAGAUAUUGUGAGCUGGGCCACAGAGAAACUGGCAGAAAACCUCCCUCCUCCAGAGGUGGUCCAGAUCCUAUCCCAGGACACUAUUAAGGAGAACUGCGAAGAGAAACAGCUGUGUGUGGUCGCUGUGUUACCCCACAUCCUGGACUGUCAAUCCAAAUGUAGAAACAAUUACAUCAAAAUCCUCAAGGACAUGGGGGUUAAAUACAAGAAACAACCAUGGGGCUGGGUGUGGACAGAGGCUGGCCAACAGAUGCAACUAGAAGAAGCUCUUGGCAUGGGAGGAUUCGGUUAUCCUGCGAUGGCAGCUGUAAACACACGCAAACAAGUCUUUGUUUUACUCAAGAGACCAUUUAGUUCUGAUGGAAUCAACGAAUAUUUAAGAGAUUUAUCGUAUGGUAAGGGAAGCCCAGUCCCACUAAAAGAUUCCAAGGUUGCCACCAUAGAGAAAACAGAGGCCUGGGACGGCAAGGACGGGGAGCUCCCGGUGGAAGAAGACAUAGAUCUUAGUGAUAUUGACUUGGAUGAUGGGAAAGACGAGCUAUAGUGGGCGGUGUCUGCCCUGUGUGUGCUAGUGAUGUGUGUGUGUGUGAAUGUUUGUACAUGUGUUUGCAAGGAAGGAUAAAAGCUGUUAUGUUGAACUAUUUGACAGUUUGAAUGUAGUUGUCAGACAUUUGAAUUUGUUUAUUUUCAUUCCUCAUGAUGUGUAAUGACAGGUGAAUUUAAAAAAAUCCCGAGGUUUUAUGAUUAUGAUGCAGUACAUGUAUCAUAGGUUGCAUGAAGAUGUACUUUUUAGAGAUCAUUGUACAUGUACUUUAUUUUCUGUCUUGAUUUUUUUAUGAAAGUCCAGUGGAAUCAUUGCAAUAUAAUUUAUUGAUGACCAAAUGGAAAGCUGUUGGUAGCUAUUGCAGUGACUUGUCAGAAUGCUUUAAGAAAUUCAUUAAUGAAGAUAAUAAAUGCGAAAACUUAAAUGUA